AUGAGCUCAUUCCUCUGCCCUUCACCAUAUGACACUGCAUGGUUGGCAAUGAUUCCCGAUCCUCGCCGAUAUGAUUGUCCCAUGUUUAAAGGGUGUCUAAAUUGGGUGCUUCAUAAUCAGAAUGAAGAAGGGUUUUGGGGAGAUUAUGAUUAUGAAGAACAAGAAAUGUUCAGUGGAGGGGAGUGUCUUGCUUCAACCCUCAUUUGCAUGAUCGUGCUCAAAAAGUGGCAUGUUGGUUCACCUUUGAUAGAGAGGGGAUUAAAGUUCAUUCAUGAGAAUGCGGAAUUGCUUCUUUUGAGAAACGGGCAUGGAAAGUUUCCUCGUUGGAUAGCUAUCAUCUUGCCUGGAAUAGUUGAUUUGGCGCGUGCUGUUGGUUUGGAGAUCAUAUUCCCCGAAAGCACCAAAAGUGCCAUUGCAAAUUUAUUCAGCAAUCGGCAACAAAUUCUUGAAAGCUGUUCGCGGCCCUACUGUUCACCGGGAGUGGCUGUUGCUGGUUCCGGCCACUUCAGCCGGCCGUUGAGGCUCUUCUUCGAAGUCGACCUCCACCCCUACCCGAUCUACACUUCCUCUGAGCGAUUUCUCUCGGGAUUUUGCUUGUUGGCUUCCUCUGUUCGUAUGGCGUCUUCAUCCUCCACGCCGGCUGGGAUUUUGGGCAAAGCCCCUCAAGAGGCCCCCAAGGAUGAUUCUCCUCCUCCCCCCGCCCAUCCCCCCCUGCUCGGUACUCCUCCGUUGCUCGUGGUGCCCGACGUCCCUCCCGCAGCAGAGGAUAAAGGAGUUGUUGUGGGUAGUUCCCCUGUUGUCCCCUCUCGUCCGGCUCCUCCUCAGCGCGAAACAGGGCAUGAUUUGCCUCUACCAGACGUGGGAAAGAGGCUUCCUUUUCAUUUGACAGAGGAUGCGCUCAAACAUGCCUGGGGUAACCAUCUAGUUCAAGUUAUCGCAGCUGACUUGGGAUUUUACUACUUCCAUAUUCCUGACAAAGACUUUAGAAGGAAAGUGCUGGAAGGGGUGCCAAUCACCGUUGCUAAAAUACCCCUUAUUCUCCAACAAUGGCACCCAAUGAUGGAGCUCAAGAAAGAUUGCCACAAAACAGUUCCUGUUUGGGUUCGACUGAGAAAUCUCCCUGUCAACUUGUGGUUUGCUUCAAGCAUUAGUGCCCUUGCGAGUGUAAUUGGUAAGCCUCUCUUUGUAGAUAACCGCACUGAACAGAUGGCCAUGGUUGCUUUUGCCCGUAUCUGCAUUGAGAUUAAUGCUGCAAGCUCAUUCCCUGAAGUUAUUGACUUUAUGCUGAAUGGUGAGCCUCGUUCGGUGGAUGUCCAUUAUGAAUGGGUGCCAACUCUGUGUCCGACUUGUUGUUCUUUUGGCCAUAAAUGUGCUAACCCUAAAGCACCUGGCCCCCCUAUAGCUAGUUCUUUAGCAAACAAGGCUCCCUCCAGCGAAUGGCGUCAAGUUGGGGGAAAGCGAAAUCGUCCCCGUCCUUUGGAUGUCGCUCCGCCUACCUCUCGUUCUACUGAGCCCCCUCCCUGUAGAAUUGAAGUUCAUUUACCUGCACCACAAAUAAUGAAGCCUGCUGUGAUUCCUCCGGCGCCUAUUCGAUCGAUCCUGGAGUCAUCAUCAUCAUCUGAUAAUGAAGUUGUGGAUGACAUUAGUUCUGGAGGAAGUGAUCCUGACUCCCCUCUUGGGGUCGCGUCUUCCAUCCUUGAGGAGCUGGGCCUCGGGUCCCCCCUUAAGCAGGCUGAGAUUAGAAAUUUUGUCAGAACCAACCACCUUAGUUGUGUUGGUAUUUUGGAGACUAAAAUUUCCCCUGCGGCGUUUCCUCUUGUCUCGGGUGCUCUCAUUCCGGGAUGGUGUUGGAGCGCUAAUAAUGAUCACUCACCUAGAGGAAGAAUCUGGGUGGGUUGGAACCCGAAGUCUGCCUCUUUUGCUUUAUCUGCCUGCUCUUCUCAAGCUAUCCACGGCCGUCUGAUUUACCUGAACAGUGGUAUUUCUUUUAUCAUCACAGUAGUGUAUGCGGAGCACUCCUUCACCUUGAGAAGACCCCUAUGGGCUGACUUAAUCCAGUCUAGUUUCCAAGUUGUGGACUCGCCCUGGAUUGUCGCAGGAGAUUUCAAUGCCAUUCGUUCUUCUUCUGAUAAAGCAGAUAUAUCCAACUAUUGGAUCCCGGCGUUUAAUGACUUUGGCGAUUGUCUUAAUCAAGCUGGGCUAGAUGAUCUCAGAUAUGUGGGGAACAGAUUUACAUGGUCAGCUUCCUCGGGUCCUUCUCGCAAACUAAGGAAAAUUGACAAGGUGUUGACUAACUCAGCCUGGAACUCUAUUUUCUCCUUCUCUGAGGCAUCGUUUCUCCCUCCUGGAGUCUCUGAUCAUUCUCCUAUGAUGGUUAGGAUUUUGCCUACUCCCAACACCCCGAGGGCUCUUAAAUAUAGGCUUAAACUCCUAAAUAAAGAGGUUUAUGCGGACAUUUCAGCUAAAACAGAUGAGGCUAGGAGAUUGCUCUCCCUAGCCCAAGAGGCCAUUCAACUGGACCCUCACAACCAUGAUCUGGCGAAUGAGGAAAAGGAACACUUUCGGGUUUUCUCCGAGUUGCGCCUCCAAGAGGAAUCAUUUUUUAGACAGAAAUCCAGGAUUCGUUGGCUUAAAGAAGGAGAUCUAAACACUAAAUAUUUUCACCACUUAGUCAAGCGAAGCCACCUCCGAAACAGAAUUCUAUCAAUCUACAAUGGGGACACUUUGGUUUCCGAUCCUGCUGAGGUUCAUCAGCUUUUUGUCUCUCAUUUCCAAGCUCUCUUGGCGGCUUCCCCCCCUUCCUAUGUGCCUACAAUUGAGGAGAUCAGGAAAAAUCUAAACCAUACCCUUGAUGAUAACCAGAUUCGGACUCUCUCUCAGCCUGUCACGGACAAAGAAAUCCAAGAUACCCUCUUUUCUCUUGCAAGUGGUAAAGCUCCGGGCCCGGAUGGGUUUAAUGUAGAUUUCUUCAAGCGGUCUUGGGAAAUUAUUGGCCCUUCGGUCUUAUUAGCGGUUCGGGACUUCUUUGCUUCUGGUCAUCUUCUUAAGGAGAUUAAUUCAACCAUCCUGACCUUAGUCCCGAAGGUCCCAAAUGCUUCGUCUGUCAAUGACUUCCGUCCCAUCGCUUGCUGCAACACAAUCUACAAGUGCAUCACCAAGAUUAUGGCUAACAGGUUAGCCGUUGUGCUGCCUUCAAUCAUCAGUCUACCUCAGAAUGCUUUUGUUAAAGGUAGACGCAUUAGUGAUAACAUUAUACUAGCCCAAGAAUUGUUUGUUGAUUUUCAUCACGAACCCUACCGGCCUAAAUGCAUCAUUAAGGUCGACUUCUGCAAAGCUUUUGAUUCGAUAGACUGGAACUUUAUUGAGUUAACCUUAUUAGCCUUUGGGUUUCCUCCUGACUUCGUCCAUCGAAUGAUGACUUGCAUCCGGUCCCCCAAAUAUUCUAUCUCCCUUAAUGGUGAGCUUCACGGCUUCUUUUCAAGUGGACGAGGGAUUCGGCAGGGUGACCCUAUGUCCCCCUAUUUAUUCACUCUCGUUAUGGAAGUUUUUUCUGGGAUUCUUAACACCCAAUCUGGCAAUCUGGGCUUUGAUUUCUUCUGGAGAUGUAAAGCAACCAGGCUCUCUCACCUCUUCUUUGCUGAUGACGUUCUAUUAUUCUCGGAAGCUAAUAUGUCAUCUUUGCGGCUUCUUUUGGAUGGAAUUCAUUCCUUUGCUAGAUGGUCUGGGCUUAAUCCUAACCUCAACAAAAGUGAAAUCUUUCUUUCGGGUGACCCUGAAUCUCUAAGGAAUGCUCUGGUUUAUUGGUCUAGUGUUUUUAUCCUUCCCGCCUCAGUCUCUAACCGAAUUGAACAGAUUUUUCGGCAAUUUCUUUGGAGAGGCCCGAGCUUAGGGGCUGGAGGCGCAAAAGUGGCAUGGGUGGAUGUCUGUUUACCUAAGGAGGAAGGCGGUUUGGGUAUUAGAUCCCUUCGGAUAAGCAAUAUUGCUAUCAUGCUCAAGCACCUAUGGCUCCUUUUCACCGAUAAGGAGUCGCUUUGGUCUAAAUGGAUUCACUCCAUCUUCUUAAAACAUAAAAAUUUCUGGAUUGUCCCAAGACCUACCUAUUGCUCUUGGGCUUGGAAGAAGCUGCUUGGUCUUCGGGACUUGAUCCAACAUCAUUUUAAAUGGCGAGUUGGUAAUGGGCUAUCUGUCUCUUUCUGGUUUGAUCACUGGCACCCUCGUGGUCCCCUCUACAAGCUGUUCUCUGACCGUGAAAUCUACUGCUCUGGUAUAUCAAGACUUGCUACGGUUGCUACUGCUUUUUCUGCCCUCCCCCCAUCUUCUUCUGUUGCCUCCUCUAUUAGUAACUGGAAUGAUCCCCUUCCAACCCUCAAUGAAGACAGUGACCGUCUUUUAUGGCUUGGUCAUCCUUCGGAGUGUUUUCUCUUGCCUCGCCUUGGAGCCUUCUAA